CCCAGCAUCUUCCCAAUAUGAUGGAUGAACAUUCAUCCGAUGAUGAACCCGAUUUCGGCUCGGAGCCUGUGGUAGUGCCACCCCAAGCCAAACCCGUUACUACUACACCACAGAGAGCUGCCCCCGACAACACCACACGCGUCAACCAACGUGCUCAGACAACUGGUGUUCGGCCACCGGCUUCAGGUAGGGAUAGAUAG